UAUUGUUUUAGCUUUAUUCAAAAUUUUAGAGUUUCAAAGGCCAUAUUUUUGUACCUUUUUGAUGGUCUUCACGCGCAAUUAAAUUCUCAACGAUGUUAUGGACUCGACACGAAAGAACAAAUAGCAGCAUGCCUAAUUUUUUUUGCAACCGGAAGCUACCAACGUGGCGUUGGGAAAGAUUUCCAUAUUGCAAUUGCGCAAAAAACGUUUUCAAAAGUACUACAGCAAACAUUAGUCCCUCUUCAUAAUUUAAUAAGAGAUUGGAUUAAAUUGGCGAUGUCCGAAGAGGAGCGACAAGAGGCAAAAGAUUUCUUUUUUGAAAAAAGUGGAUUUGAAAAUAUCGUCAUGUGUGUUGAUGGUACCCACAUAAAAAUAAAAAAACCACGUAACCGACCACUACAGUAUUUAAACCGGAAGAACGUUUAUAGCAUCAAUGCUUUGAUUGUAUGUGAUCACAAAUACCGGAUUAGAGCGAUCGACGCUCGUUUUGCAGGAUCAAACCAUGACGCCCAUAUCUGGAGAGUAAGUCCAGUCCGGGCUUAUUUUGAGCACUUACAUAGAAGUGGCCAAAAUGAAAGACUAUUUGGAGAUGCUGGAUAUCCCUCAGAACCUUGGAUAGUAAGACCUCAUCGUGAUCCGGAUGAGGGUUCUGUGGAAGCACAAGAAAACUCAAAAAUAUCGUCGGGAAGAAUGACUGUGGAGCAAAGUAUAGGAAUCCUAAAAUCACGGUUCAGAUCCUGA